ACACUCAGUCCUUCAGUUACACUGCUUCUGGUUUUUGAUUCCCCUCAUAUAAAAACGCAACCUUUUUCCUUCUCCUUUCUCUUCUCUUCUCUCUUUGCGACUUAUUCCCUUUCUUUUCUUCUUUUCAACAAAAACCACCUUCUGUUAUUAGGGUUUGAAAUGUGGAGGGAGAAUGGAAGGCUCUGAAUCCGAUUCUGCGCCACUUUCCAUUUCCAAUGGCGAAGAUCCCCAAUUGGGGGCUUCUUCUCCCCCUCCUUCUCCUCCUCCUCAAUCUUCAGAUCUCAAUCACGCCGCCGAGCAUGAGAUACUCUCUGGGGAGCUUCAGAGCAAGUUGGAUUUGAAGGCUGAGGAUGAAAGUGAGGGCAAAGUUUCCGACUUGAACGACGGUGGAGGAGUUUGCGACGAAGAAACUGCUAAGGGUGAUGGAGAUAGUAGGGGUUCGGACUCAAAUAGUUGGAAUGAGGAAGUGGGUGUUGGUGCUGAUGAAGAUGGUGUUGGUAUUGGUGAUGUUCAUGGUGAUGAUGGAGAGGAGAUGAAGGAAGAGAGAAACAGUGAUGUUACUCACCACUACCCUUUGAGGCCUGAAGCUGAGGAUUGUGCAUUUUAUAUGAAAACUGGGAAUUGCAAGUUUGGGUUUAACUGCAAGUUUAAUCACCCUAUUAGAAGGAAAACCCAGGCUGUUAGAGAGAAGGCGGGAGAAAGAGAAGAACCCACAGACAGAUCAAGCUCAACAGAAUGCAAGUAUUAUCAAAGAUCUGGGGGUUGUAAGUUUGGAAAAUCUUGUAAAUAUAACCACACAAGAGGAAAAAUUUCAACAACACCAGCACUGGUACCAGUUUUUGAACUUAACUUUCUUGGCCUGCCUAUUCGUCAGGGGGAGAGGGAGUGCCCCUACUACAUGCGCACUGGCUCUUGUAAAUUUGGAGCAAACUGCAAGUUCAACCAUCCUGACCCUACAGUUGGAGGAUGUGAUCCUCCUUCAGGGUUUGGUAAUGGAGGACCUAUUUCAUUACAAGGUGUAUCACGACCAUCUGUACCCUCCUGGUCUUCUCCAAGAUCAUUAAACGAAGCAUCUCCUUUUGUGCCAAUGAUGCUUUCACCUACUCAAGGAGUUUCUACCCAAAGUUCUGACUGGAAUGGAUACCAGGCAUCUGUCUACCUACCUGAGAGGAACAUGCAUCCACCUUCUACAUUUGUCUUGAACAACCCAGCAGUCGAUACAAAUGUUUACUUGCACCAUCAGAAGCAGAUGUCCGUGGAAGAGUUUCCAGAAAGGCCUGGUGAACCUGAAUGCAGCUACUUCUUAAAAACUGGGGAUUGCAAGUUCAAAUCUAAUUGUAAAUUUCACCAUCCAAAGAAUCGGAUUGCAAGAUUACCUCCAUGCAACCUCAGUGACAAGGGUCUUCCUUUGAGACCUGACCAAAGUGUCUGCUCCCAUUACAGUCGCUAUGGAAUUUGCAAAUUUGGACCAGCUUGUAAGUUUGACCACCCUAUAAACUUGCAGCCCUUGAUGAUGUCUGGACUUGGGGACCAGUCAUACUCAAAUUCAGCUAGUGUGGAGGUGGCUGGGAUAGGUGAAAGUACAGCUGAAACUGAUGUAACAAUUCAGCAAUCUGUGUAAACAUGUCUUUGAGAAUCUUCUAGCUAUCACCAAAUCUGUAGUUUUCUUCUUAAACAUGAUAAAUUUAUUUAACCUUUUUUCUAGCACUGUCCAAUGCAGCACAAGCAUUGCAAAGAAUAGCAACAUAUAUAUGUCAAACAGUUUAUAUGUAUUUAUCACAAGUAACAUUUGCAU